CUUGAAGACUGGUGGUAUGAUGCGUACAAUGAAAUCCGAGAGCCACUCAUCCCUUACAUCUCCAUAGCAUCUGGUAACUCAAUGUGGACAUCUCUCAAAGGUUCACAAAUAUGCCGCGCUGCUGAUGACAUCUACUACUGGAUGCAGUUUUGGGAUAAAAUUAGAAAAGAAAAACUACCAGUGACGAGAAGCCGCGGAGAUGUGUGGGACAUGCAUCAAUACCAUUGCCUUUUCAACAGUUGCCGAGUACCAGAACUACCAAAGGAUAGAAUCUAUCGAUAUUUUAAGACAGAAGCUGAAGGCGAAUGCCCAUCACACAUUACCGUACUUUGCCGUGGGAAUAUAUGGCGAUUGGAAAUGUUAAGAAAUGGAUUAUUGAAAACACCCGAUGAGCUUCAUCAUAUGCUUUCAUUCAUCGACAAAAACUCCAAAGAAGUCGACCAUUGUGUUGCAACACUCACUGCUGACAAAAGAGACACUUGGGCGAAGGUGAUACAUAUUUAUGGAUCAUCCGAUUAA